UAAUGGGCGUAUAAACCCCUAAAAUUUAAUAAUUUAACCCUUAAUUUUCUCUCUAGGGCUUUUGGCGAGUAGAGGAACGAAGGCGACGGUGCCAAAUUCUCAGAAGUUCAUCAAUGGCUCCGAAGACAGCAAGAGUUAGCAGAAAUCCUGAACUCAUUCGAGGGGUUGGCAAAUACUCGAGGUCGAAGAUGUACCACAAGCGUGGUCUUUGGGCAAUCAAGGCCAAAAAUGGAGGUGUCUUCCCUCGCCAUGAUGCCAAGCCUAAGGCAGAUUCUCCUGCUGAGAAGCCGCCCAAAUUUUACCCAGCCGAUGAUGUCAAGAAACCACUUGUUAACAAGCGCAAACCCAAGCCCACCAAACUUAGGUCCAGCAUUACUCCUGGAACCGUGCUUAUCAUUCUUACUGGAAGGUUUAAGGGAAAGAGAGUUGUGUUCUUGAAGCAACUUCCGUCUGGGCUGCUUUUAGUGACUGGGCCAUUCAAGGUCAAUGGUGUUCCUUUGAGGCGUGUGAAUCAGUCAUACGUGAUUGCAACCUCCACCAAGGUGGACAUUGCAGGGGUCAAUGUGGAGAAAUUUGGUGACAAAUAUUUCUCCAAGGAAGUUCAUCAGAAGAAAAAGAAGGGAGAAGGAGAAUUUUUCGAGGCAGAGAAGGAGGAAAAAAGUGCGCUCCCACAGGAGAAAAAGGAUGACCAGAAGGCCGUGGACUCGGCUCUGCUAAAGUCCAUUGAGGCAGUCUCAGACUUGAAGACAUACUUAGCUGCAAGGUUUUCUCUAAAGGCAGGCAUGAAGCCACAUGAGCUUGUUUUCUAGAUAUUUUCUGUGUGGUUUCUGAUACGCCUCUUGGGGAAUUUGAUCCCUAUAAUCUUCUUGUUCAUGUUUUGUUAUGAGGGUUGUAGAUUUGAAAUUAUGUCUCGCAAUGAAUUUUGUAGUGAAGUUUAUUCAUCAAAUCCUACAUUACGUGGCUUCCUUUGACUGGUGAGAGUGAUAAGACAUGUAAUUUUUGUUCAAUUUCUGGCUGGUGAAAUACUUGAGAAACACAUUGAUAAAGAUAGAUCGGUUGACUUACAAUGGUGCAUGGCCAUGUUUGAUUAGUAUGCAACGUCAGAGAGUGGGCAAUGUAUGCUUGAAUCUCAUAUAUUUGGGGUUUCUUUUUCAA